GCCCAAAAACAGAAGAUGUGUCGGCGGGGGGAAUGGGCUGACAAGUGUGGAAGCGUGAAGGAAAGAAAAGAGAAUAAACGAGAAACCAAAGCUAUGCCGGUGCCCCCUAUAGUAGCGUAUGGUUGCCGCAACUGCGUGGCUCCUUUUAAGCUCCUCGUAACCUACUCCCUCCAUUCUCAUCGUCAUCUUUGUCUUCAUCUUCAUCAUCGUCGCCGUCUUCUUUAUUUUCUUCGCACCCGCAGUCGGAAUUUCCCCUCUCAUUUUUCCCCUUUCUCUUCAUUCCAUCAUCUCCCCAAAAAACUCAACUGUUUCCUCACGGGUAACUCUCUCUUCUUCCGGAUGGAGGGAAAUUUAUGUCAAGUUGGGUGGUUGUACUAUGUACUGCUAGCCAUUGCUACUGGGGUUGAUUGCUUCGUAAAUGAUACCCACACGAGCCCAAGGGCCUUUGACCUUCAAACUCAACCCAUAGCUGCCUAUACUGCAGAGCGAUUCUGGGCUGGAAGUGGCAUCAGUAAGAAUAAAGCAAUGGUUGAGCAUUUGCAGCAUUAUGGAGUGAUGAGCUCAAAAAAGGUGGCUGAAGUAAUGGAAACUAUUGAUAGGGCUUUUUUUGUACCAGAUGGAACUCCAGCUUAUGUUGACAGCCCCAUGGCAAUAGGUUACAAUGCCACUAUUUCUGCACCGCAUAUGCAUGCAACUUGCCUUCAGUUGUUGGAGGAGCAUUUAAAACCUGGCAUGCAUGCGUUAGACGUUGGCUCAGGGACUGGGUAUUUAACAGCAUGCUUUGCUGUGAUGGUUGGCCCACAAGGUCGUGCUGUUGGCGUUGAACAUAUUCCAGAGCUGGUCACGUCUUCAAUCAAGAAUAUUGACAAAAGUGCAGCAGCUCCAUUACUGAGAGAAGGUUCUCUCUCAGUGCAUGUUGGCGACGGAAGACAAGGUUGGCCAGAGUUUGCACCGUAUGAUGCCAUACAUGUGGGAGCAGCUGCACCAGAGAUCCCACACGCACUUGUUGACCAGUUGAAGCCUGGUGGCAGAAUGGUGAUUCCAGUUGGUAACAUAUUCCAGGAUUUGAAAGUCAUCGACAAGAACCAGGAUGGUUCCAUUAGCGUCCGGAGUGAAACUUCUGUUCGAUAUGUUCCUCUAACAAGUCGAGAUGCCCAACUACGGGGUUAUUAAGUCAGGGAAGUUUUCAUCCAGAGGUAUAUGGUUUCUUGCAUUUUGAUCCGCACAAGUUAUUGUACAGUUGUACAGGAUUGACCUUGCUAUUGUAAUAAGCAUGUUUUGAUUUCUGUGUGGGAUACCUUUACUUUGGUGGACUUGUAAAUGAUGAUCUAAUCAAAAUCUUUUGCAUUA